AUGGCCGUUAUGGAGAGAGACCAGCCAGUUGAACUGGCUGACCUUCCCGAAAGAUCUGCCCUGGUAUUGUACGGGUCAGAGACGGGCAACAGUCAAGACAUUGCAGAAGAGCUUGGCAAGAUGACACAGCGAUUGCAUUUCAAGACUAAAGUUGAUGAACUAAACAUGGUCCAGCUUUUCCCCCAGCUCCCACUGUUUACUCAACACAUGACUGAUGGUAUCACAGGUUCAACUGGGCUGCUCGAAAAUUACACAAGCGUCUUGAACAGCUGGGUGCCACUGAGUUUUAUCCUCGAGGCGAGGGCAACGAACAAGACGAUGACGGCCGCUGAAGGAUUCCUAAAUUACAGUCACUUGAUAACGUUAGGGGGGUCAUCAGCGGCUGCCACUCCAUUGGAUGCGGGUGCUGAACAGCUGAACCAACAAGCAUUGCAGAAUCUUAUUCCCGCAGUGCCUGGCGGUCUUGUCGUCGAAGUCAACUCAAACACCCGGGUCACGCCAACUGAGCACUGGCAAGAUGUCCGAAGACUUUCUUUCGGGAUUCGUCAUCUACAACCACCGGCACUUCAAUUCAAUCCUGGCGACUGCCUGAGGCUCUACCCCAGAAAUCUACCUCAAGAUGUCGAGAAGCUCUUGCACGUGAUGCAAUGGGGGGCUAUUGCGGACAACAUUGUGGACUUGGGGACGCUCAAUGAACGCCCGACCGGUCUUUAUACGACCAACAUCACGACACUACGACGUCUGCUCACCGAGAACCUGGACAUAACCGCGAUUCCUCGGCGCAGUUUUCUUGAGGCUAUCUCUCACCAUUGCACGGAUUCAGAUCACAAGGAACGGCUCCUCGAAUUCACAAAGUCGGAAUACAUCGACGAGUAUUACGACUACGCUACUCGGCCGCGACGCACUAUCAUCGAGGUUCUCGAGGAGUUCCACUCGGUUCAGUUUCCUCCGGAGUAUGUACUUGAUGUCUUCCCCAUAAUCCGCGGCCGUGACUUCAGCAUUGCCAGCAUCGAGCCGUUAGAACCCGGAAGCGACUCUCCCUACAAGCUCGAGCUCCUCGUCGCCUUGGUGAAGUAUCAGACAGUCCUUCGAAAGAUCCGCACCGGUCUAUGCUCGCGCUACAUCAACCUACUCGCUGCAGGAAAUGCAGUACUAGCUAGCCACAAGCCGUCCCUGACGAGUCUGCAUGGCAAAUUGCACGCGCGUCGGCCACUCUGCGCCUUCGCAACCGGUACAGGCAUUGCACCCAUCCAUGCCCUCAUCCAGGAACGGCUCCGCUACGAUGACAACGAUUCGCCCACUGGCAGGGCCUUGCUCUUCUUUGGAAACCGCUCCCGCAACAAGGACUUCUUCUUCGCAGAUGAAUGGGCCGCCACGCCAUUUUCCAAGCUCGAGGUCCACACGGCGUUCUCGCGAGACCAAAAGGAGAAGAUAUAUAUACAAGAUGUCAUCCGGCAGCAGGCGCAGGCCGUCGUAGACAUGGCCCGGGAGAAUGUCAUCUUUAUCGUCUGCGGCGGCAGUAGUAAAAUGGCCACGGCGUGCCGGGCCGCGGUUGUGGAGUGCCUGCGCGUCGGUGGCCUCUGCGAAACCGAGACGGAGGCGGAGGAGAUACUGGCGAGGUUAACCUGGUGGCAGGAGAUCUGGUGA